AUGAACAUUGACUCUGCCCAAUUCCCAAAUCCACAAAACCUACUCUUUUCAAGACUUGGUGCAGACUAUGACGGCAUCCCAGGGUGGUUGCAGACGCUCGUGGACUUUGUUACCGACUACAUUGUUCAGGAAUACAGAGAUGAUAUCGAGAUCACCGGAGAGCCAGAAGAACGAAGCGCAGUCGAAACCAAAUUGGUAGAGGAAGGACAAGCUUCAGUAUCAAUCCGGAAGGCAAUGGCUUUUCAUGUAAAAGUUGCAGGCCCUGAAGUAGCUGAAGACGUAAGGCGUUUUUUCGGUUGGGAUGAGGAGUUAGAGGACGAAGAUGAUGAGGACUUGGAUGGAGAAUCCGGGUGGUUUGAUUGGAUGGAUUUUUGGAGCUGA